AGAAUUCGUAAGAUGUCAUUGUUUUUGUCCUAGUUACAAAGAUUUUUUUAAAUGUUAAAAUAUUUUCAGAUUUAAAUAUUGAAUUAUUUUAUCUGAAAUGUGAUGUAGGUUUGCUGUAGGUUUCUGAUACGGUAUAAUUCCUCUUUCCUUCGGAUGUAAAUGCUUUUUCCCAUGUCAGUACUAGGAGUUUAAAGCAGGCUAACGGUAUCAGAGAGCAAAUGUGUGCCUCACUUCCUGUGUCAUAUUCCUCUGAGUGUGUUUGUGUGUUGAAGGUAAUUUUAUCAGUCAGACACAGCUGUGUUUAAUGCUGCAGUCUUAACACUCCUCAGUCUGAUACUGACACACAGAGACGCUUUGUAACGCUGCAUAUUUCUCUGUGUGUGUAGCGUGUCUGCUGGUAUGAGGCGUGUUCUGCUUGUGGUGAAGGUUCUCCUGUCUGUGCUGUGCAGUGAGAUGUUUGUGGUUCAGGCUGUUUGUCCUCAGGUGUGUUCCUGCACAGGUCCUGUGGUAGACUGCAGUAAACGCAGCCUAACUACGGCAACCCUGCCCUCCUCUUUUCCUCCGCACACCACUGAACUUCACCUGAAUGAUAAUCACCUGACUGCAUUCCCAAAUGCCCUGCUGGACUCACUGCCAGCCCUGCGCCAGGCGGUUCUUCACGGUAACCCGUGGUCAUGUGAUUGCGGCAUACUCUAUCUGAGAGGAUGGCUUCUGAAACAGAGGAACAAUGAUUUGAUACGGAAUGUGAGCUGUAGUUUUCCAGCACACCUGCGGGGGCGUCUGGUGGUGCAUCUGGUGGAGGAAGAAGUUUUGGAAUCAUGUCGUUAUUGGACGUGUAAUUUAGCUCUGGCAUCUCAGAUCAGCCUCUUCAUCUUCAUUACUGUUCAAGCACUCCUCCUCGCCUCUGUCAUCCUCUUCCUCCGGCGGUUUGACCGGCUCACCCGAGUGUCUCUCCGCACGGCUGCAGAGACAUUCACAGAUGAUGCUACUCAAAGCAAUGAAUAUGUCAUGUUAAAACAGAGGAACAUGUAGGACGAUGUAGAACAUGUUGCCUAAUUUAUAACGAAUUAUCAUUUAAAGUGCUAAUUUUGGCAACUUGUUCCUUUUUGUCGUUAUGCAUCAAAAUGGAAGUAUAAACAAACAAAUCAAGGUUUUCUCGAGUCACGAUGAAUUAGUUGUGUAAUAUGUGCAGGGCUGUAGCUAGUGGGGUGAAAGGUGGUAACGAUUCUAGCAGCCCAAAGGUACGGGGGGGGGCCCACAAAAAAUUCUAAACUGUAUAUUUUAAUAGGAAGGGGGCCCAGAUCACCUUGCUAUGGCCCUAAAUAUGUGUUUACUACUUUCUGUUUAUGGCUUGCAAACUGCACCCACCCAAAUUAGACCUAGGCCCACUCAGAAUAUUAUUAUUCUUUGACUUCAACUAUAUAUUUAUAAAAUAGCAACAUAAAUUGCACAAAUGCAUAAAUUCUGAUUUCUGAAAGUGUGAAAGAACCUUUGAAUGAGCCACAUCUCAGAUGUUAAGAAAAUUAAACGAAUAAUAAAAAACAUUGGGCAAAAACUUGUCCCAUCCAUGUUUAUUGAGGCCCACCCAAAAGUUACUUCCUGGCUAUGCUCUUGCUUGCAAAACAUUUGUAAAAAAUCAUAAUAGAGAUCUCAUUGUUACCUUAAAAAACACCAAUUAACAUAAACAUAAUAUGUAUUUUAAUGAUCAGAAUUUUAAUAUGUGUUUCAAACUUUUUGUAUUACUGUCUGUCUUGGCCAGGACUCUAUAAUAAUAAAAAAUAUUAAUUAUUAAAAUAUUGUAUUUAUUAUCUAAAUAAACACAUUACUGUUAUUUUACCACACUCAAAAGAAUAUUAAGUGAAAGAUAAAGCUCCCUUAAAUGGGAGCUUUUAAAUAGUAUUUGAUUACUUCUUAGGCUACAUUUGCCAAAAAUACAGUAUAUCUUACCGUACGUUCACACCAGAAGCGGCGAGAGCGUCAAAAUUGCGCUCUGGAUGCCCUGCCUUCAACGCUCGAGGACGCUCGUGGACGCUCUGACGUAGUUGAAAUAGGCGGCAACGUUUGUUCAGAAUGAUUUGUUUUGUGAACUAUAUUUAAAGGGGCCGCAAUUUAAACAUCCAGACAUGUCGACCAUUUACUUUUUGCCGACCUAUCAAAAGUAGCGUAUAUCCUCAUGAACUCUUUAAAAUGUGAAAAUAAGUAAUCGAUCGAUGGCAGAAAUUAAUACAAAUUAUAGUUGUUUGUUAUCAAAAUAAAAUACAUUUGUAAUAAUAACUGUGGUCAUCACCGGGUAAGCAAACAGGGACAGAUCAUAUAUUACUGGGAAACCCGCCACGGCAAUAAUUAGUUUCUCCUCCAUUUUAUCUUCGGAACGAAUGUUUGGUGGGAACCAAAGUUUACACGGUUGUGUUCUCUAGACUUUGCUAGAGCGGAGCACUUCUAUACUCCAAUAGGUUGCCGCCGAACCGCGUCACAGCUCAUUACCAUAAUGUUGACUGCACUUGAACUUUCAUCUGACGCCCACGCCGCCCAAGACUCGCCGCGCCGCUUCUCUCUCGCAGCCUCUGGUGUAUUUGUAGGCUAUUACUCUGUGUAAUGCUACAUUUACUGUUUAAGUGUAUUAAUGUGUUCCUGCAGUUUGUUUAUUCUUCUUCAAUUAGACAUUAAAGGAACAGUUCACGCAAAAAUGAAAAUUCUCUCAUCAUUUACUUGCCCACAUGUCAUCCCAGAUGUGUCUGACUCUCUUUCUUAUGCUGAACACAAACAAAGAUUUUUAAAAGAAGCUUUCAGCUUUGUAGGUCCUUACAAUGCAAGUGAAUGUUGGCCUAACCUUU